AUGGAGAAAGAGAGAGGCAGAGGAAUACGCACUUUAGAAAGGUGGAGGCUUAUACACGCAAGAGGCUCCCACGAGCUAUAUAAUUGCCAAUUUAAUGCUUUUCCCAUUUCGGAGAUCGUAACAGGUGAGUUUUUGCACCUUUUUAUCGUAAUGCAAAAACCUAGAGGUGAGAGGACGGUGACCACCACUGUUUUGGGGUAUACCCAUCACACUCUGCCCAGUGAUGAUGCUUACCACGUGUAG